AUGAGCCAAUCACGACGAAGCGUGCUGCGACGAGCUGCUGCGAUCAGCCAAUACGAGCCGACUUCAGCGCUCCGCCCGAACCGACCGGGCUUCGCCGAUUCCGGAAAGAUCCGAGGACGGAUCACAUCGACGCGCUGCACGCUGUCGGGCUCCUACCGACCCUCCGCGCUCACACGGCACCCCGACACCAAGCGACACCGCAGGCUGCUGCACCAGCAGCUGACGGGACACCAACCGGGAACCGUCCCGGUGAUGGAUGAAAUGUGUUCAGUCAAAUUCUGCCGACUGGCAGGAAACAGUUUGUCAAGGAUCGAAAAAGAUGCUUUCACAGGACUCACCGGCCUGAAACUGCUAGAUCUGCAGAACAAUCAUCUGACGAGGGUUCCAUCUGAAGCUUUAAAGAACCUGAAGAACCUGCGAUCACUCCAUCUGGACGCCAACUUCAUCUCCCGUCUGCCGGCCUCCUCCUUUAGAGGCCUGACGUCUCUGCGUCACCUGUGGCUGGACGAUAACUUCCUGACGGAGGUUCCUGUUCUGGCUCUGAGCUCUCUGACGGAGCUCCAGGCCCUGACCCUCGCCCUCAACAACAUCAGCUUCAUCCCCGACCGAGCCUUCACCGCCCUCAGCCAGCUGCUGGUGCUACAUCUCCAUGACAACCGCAUCCACUCUCUGGGCCCGAGGAGCUUUAAUGGACUGUACAAGCUGGAGACCCUAGAUCUGAGCUUCAACAGGAUCAACAGUUUCCCCACAGCCGUCAGAUCUCUGGUCAGCCUGAGAGCACUAAACCUUCAGAACAACCACAUCCCGGUCGUCCCAGACAACGCCUUCACUGGAAACCCGUCCAUCGAGACCAUAAACAUCCAGAACAAUCCUCUUCACACUGUGGGACACUCGUCCUUCCAGCUGCUGCCUGAGCUCAAGACUCUGUCUCUGAGAGGAAGCAGCAUCGUAGAAUUUCCAGACUUCACUGGAACCAACAAACUGGAAACCCUAGACCUGUCCCAUGACCUGAUCCAGAAUCUGCCCAGCUUCAGCCGCUGCACAAAGAUCCAACACACAGUUUCAGCGCUGCAGUCGGAUUUCCAGUGCUGUGUGUUUCUUCAGCGCCUCAGGUCCGUGAGCCAGCAGGACACCGUGGACGGCAGCAGUCUCUCUGGAUCCAGCCUCGUCAGCACAGACCGGUUCAGUGGAUCCGACCUGGAGACUGAUCUAGGACCUGGAGUCUUCCUCUCCCUUCUGUCCUCUGAGGUCUGCGUCUUCGUCAUGAUGGCUGCUGUGAUGGAGGGUGAAUCCAGGGCGAAGAGCUGUUUCCAGAUCAGCUGCGUGGUCUGCUGCAGCCUCGCUCUGACCCUGCCUCUGGUCUCUGUGGAGGACAGGGGUCUCCGUUCUCUCUGUGAGCACUCGGUGUGGUGGACUCACAGCUCUGCUCUGGUCCUCUUUAACACCUUCUGUUUCCUGUUCAUGAUCCUGGCCCGCAUGACCCGUCACCCCCUCCACGGGGGUGUGUCGCUGACCAUCCUCCUCGCAAACACCAUGCUCUUCUUAUCUGCCUCCCUGCUCUGCCUCUCCUCCCUCCUCAGUCCAGAUGUUUCCACGUGUGCAGUGCUCAUCAUCUCGUCCCUGCCCUGCUGUGUGGAUCCUCUGCUCUACAUGAUCCUGAGUCCACGGUUCGGACGAGAGCUGCAGAGCUUCCUCCACCAGACGCCUCGGAGGCCGAAGACCGAAGAGGAACCUGGUCGUGCCGGCGUGCGAGACGAGGAAAAGGCGUUUUGA